AUCGUACAGAGCUGCAUUCUGCAUCUGCUUAUCUGCCCUCAGCCAUCAGCUUUCUAGGAUCAGCAUGGAAACCCCUCUGUUUAUUAUCCUGGGCUGCAUGGCAAUGCUCAAUGCUCAGAAAGAGCCAUGUUGGUCAGGGCAAUACACCGCAAAAGGGGAGUGCUGCAUUUCUUGCCAAGUAGGCGAGGGGGUUAUAAAACGCUGCGGAGUAAACCAAACUGUCUGCGAACCAUGCCUUGACAGUGUUACUUACUCAGACACUAUCAGCCAUACCGAGGCCUGCAAGCCCUGCACAGAGUGUUUCGGCCAUAAACGUAUGGAAGCACCAUGUGUUGAGUCUGAUGAUGCUGUCUGCGCUUGUGCCUAUGGAUACUUCACGGACAAAAAGAGCGGACAGUGCAAACUUUGCAAGAGCUGCCCUGAAGGUUUUGGAAUGAUGAUGUCCUGUACGAACAUCCAGGACACCAUCUGUGAGAAGUGUCCAGAAGGGACGUAUUCAGAUGAGGAUAACGAUAGAGAUCCAUGCCUGCCCUGCACUAUCUGUGAGGACGGUGAAAUAGAGGCUAAAGAGUGCACUUUUACAUCUGACACAGUGUGCUAUGACCCCAACCCCCGUGUUUCUUCAGUGACCCCAGCAAGCUCAGACUUUCCCUACACAGGGACGUCCGUUCCUCCUUUUGAUCUGAGCAGCAGCAGCGCCACCACCUCCGGAGACUCCAAAGUUUUGCCUCCAACUGGAGUAGCAGAGAAUCUUAUACCCGUGUACUGCUCCAUCCUGGCAGCUGUCAUUGCUGGUCUGGUGGCAUUCAUUGUUUUUAAAAGGUGGAACAGCUGCAAGCAGAACAAGCAGGGAGGUAACAGCCAUCCAGUAAAUCAGACCCCAUCGCCGGAGGGGGAGAAGUUGCACAGUGACAGUGGGAUCUCUGUGAAUAGUGACAGCACCGCAGAGCAGCCAACAGGACACCCCCAAGGUAAAAAUGACAUGCAUCUUCACAACAAACUUUCUUCUCAUAAGCAAGAAGAGGUAGAGAAGCUUUUAAGUGGGUCUCUAGAGCAGACCUGGAAGUCACUGGCUGGAGAACUUGGCUACCAAGAUGAAAUCAUAGACUCAUUCACCAGAGAAGAGUUCCCUGUACGAGCUAUGCUUUCUGAUUGGUCCUCCAAGGACAGCGCCACCACUGAUGCCCUGUAUACAGCCCUCCGUAAAAUUCAGCGGGAUGACAUUGCCCAGAGCUUGAACAGUGACUCCACUGCUACCUCACCCGUGUGAACAAGAGUAGUGGGACAGAAGGAAGAUGUUCAUGUUGACUUCGCGGAACAUCCUACCUGAGAUGUGAAGGAAAGUUUGCCCCUUGAUCCCCCCCGAAGACCCAGGCAUCCCUUUUUACCCAGUAUUAACAGACAAUCCUUCUGCACUGAUGCAUUAUUUUCAGUAUUGUGGUGUGUAAUCUUUUUUCUCUAUGGACUCUCAUGUCCAGGAUCUCUAGGUCUUUUCACUGUGAUGGACCAUAAGGCUCUGAGAUAAGGAAUUAUGAACUCUGGAAUUUCAGACUUUCUUUUAAAAUUCAAAGGUGCACCCUUCUACUCUUUUUAUCUUCUUGCUUAUUUUCAUAGGCCUCUACUUGUGACCCCUUAAAACCCAAGUGGCUACUGCCUCAAGGCACCUUUUUUUUUUUUUGCAAGGAAACCUUUAGGCUUUGUGUAACAGCAUUUGGGACACAAAAAGUCAGUAUCUAAAGGUUGGGCCACUCUUGCUCUUAGAAAGACUUACAACUCAGUGAUUGUGUCACACCUUUAGAUUGAGUUUCUUCCAUUCCAAUUUUGUACCACGUCUGACUCAUGUUCUUUCAAUUACCCAGACAUAAGUGUCUUAUAAUAAUAUAAUAAUAUGACAUUGAAGAGACACCAUGACCGUAGUUCUCUUCCACCCACAUGAUGUCCCCAUCACACAUAAUGAAUGUGCCUCAAAUCCAUCCACAUUGUUUAUUAGCUCUAUAAUGUACACACACAAAAGAUGUCUUAUGUUUUAUAUUACACCAAAAAGGGACUAAUUUAGAUCUUUAAAUAUGAGGAAGUAUACUGCAGAGGCCAACUUGUCUCAACCAGUGUUAUUUCUGUUAUUGAGUUGGAAUUUAGGAUCCUUUUUAACUUGACCUACCUUACUGAGGUCCCAAGAAUCAAGGGACAUAGAUGUGUACACAUAAGCAUAUAAAUUAGAAUGUUCCCUAUGUUUCAAGAUGCUGUUGCCCUGCAUUCUCAGUAUUCAGGGCAGGCUAAAAGCAUCUCUUGAUAUCUUCUAGUAGGACAACAUAGGAGUUCUCAACAUAACAGUCCUCAUUUGUGUUUACAUUUGACAAGGACUUUGUGCUACCUAAGAGGACAAUCUGUAAAUUGUAUAACUAAAGCCGGCCAUACAUGAAGCAAAACCAUGUAGCCCUAUUCGGCCGUUGGUCAACCAGUGAAGGUCUACAUAUCAAUCUCAACCAAACUCAGAUCAAACCAAACUUCAGAAUUGAGAACCACCUGUAUUUACAGGUCAUCAAACAACCAGGUCAAAGAAAUAUAUGUUCUUACCCUUUUAUUGAAUCCCUAGGCCGAACAAUCAAAUGACACAAUGGUUGGUGCAUGCGUUGCUAGCUUCUUUUCAAUACGAACAGCUAAUUUAGAUGGGACAAUCAAUAUUUAGGCCUUCAGAUCUUUAAUACAGAAUGUAGAUACAGUGUUAUAUUUGACUAUUGAUAACAAAAAAGG